AGAGAGACAGACAGAGACUAUUCAGCUCCUUUUCUAAAGACUUUACAUUUUCUAAACUUUGUGAUUUUUAUCACAGUAUAAACACACAGCACCUAUGGAGCAGCUUCAUGCCCCUGAAGGUAAAAAGAGGUGCAGGGAGGCUGAUGUAGAAGAGUCACCCAGCAAAAGGCACCAUGCUGAGGAAGGACAGCGACUCCCACCAGCCAACCGUGCAAGAACAAUUUUGGUCAAUAAGAGGUCCACCCUGAAGAUCCCUGAAUACAAAAUGAGAUACUCUAAAGUGGUGACGAUGUCUCAGAGGCAGUUGUACAUGAGAGUGUACGAACAAGUGUCCAAACAGUACUGUGCCCUUCAUGCACGUAUUAAUGGCACUGAAACAUGCAGUGAUCUGCAGUCAAGCCCAAAAAUGAAAGUGCAUGAGGACACGCAAGCAGACAUGAACUUGCCAGGGCACAACCUGGACCAAACUAAGCUGAGACGGCGCCUCUUGUACUGUCAGAACAAGCUUGGUCACAUCAGAAAGCUUUGUGUUGAGUUUGACCAGUGGUGGAUGAAGCAACUAUUGAUCAAAGACAAACGAAAGCAGCAGAGAAACAACCGUGGAUUUGUUUAAUUUUCCUUUACACCUACUUUAACCAACUUAUUUUAUUGUCUUUCCUGCCUGCCUCCUUUAUAGCUUUUUAAUUUUAAAUGCUGUUUCCUCCAAAUUAUUUCAUAAUUAUUUUUUGCUAAAUUCUUCCUAUUUAAACAAUAUUUUCCUAUGUGAGUACAACAGUACCAAACCAUACAGGUGUAAAUAGGUGAAUAUACAUACAGUCUGUAAUAGCUACAACACAUCCCCCAAAUAAACACAAAGUAAUUCCUGUUUGUAGUGUGAUGUUUAAAAAGAUGUCUAAAUAAAAUAAAUAUAAAAUAUGACUUACAAGAUCAUAGCAACUAAAACACUUCAUACCCUUUAGUAUAUAUAAAUAUGUACGAAAUUGUGGUUAUAAAACAUUAAAUGACAUUUUAGACAUGUUGUACUCCCUGUUUUUUGUAGAUAGUGCACUUCUUGUUCCUCUGUUAUAACCCUGAAAAUGACAGAGUAACUAUCUAUUUCUCAUAAAUAGAUGGCUACUCUGUCUCUUAACCGGCUAGUUAGCUUGAUAUUCAGGUUGGCUAGUUGGCCUAAGCAGGCCUUGUGCUUGCCUUAACCCCAUAACAAAGAAACAAGAAGAUGUACAGUGUCCACUAUCUACAAAAAACAGACAGUAUUAAUGUGUUUUUAGUUUAUAUUUUAGUGUUUUGUAGCUACAAUGCGUAUGUAUGUUAUGUAUGUAAUGUAGUUACAUAUUCAUAUUCCCAUUGUAAAGUGCAGAUAAAAAGUGAUUGGCUUGAGUUUGUUCAUUACAAAAUGUUUAUCCAACUAUUUAGCAUUUUCUUGUUGUUUCCGUUUAAGACUGUAUGUGUAUCUUUGCAUUUACGCCUGCAUAUGUGACCGAUUUUGAUACUGCUUUACGUACAUUUUUAGCAUAUUCCAUUGGCUGUUUAAUUUUUUACUUAAAGCACUUUUAAACUCCCAAGAUUGGUCUCACUCUGAUUGAUAGAGGAGACAAUUAUUCUGUCCAACCCAAUUUAACCUAAAUUUGACUUUUUGUCUCAUGUCUCAUUUUUACAUAAAACUCAUCAUCCCCAGCAAUAGGACAAAUGCUCUACAUCUUUUUUCCCUCUCACUCUUGACCCUUUUUCCUAUUCCCUAAUCUACACCAUUGGGUGAAUAAAAUAUCAG